UUGAUAUAAAGAUUUAUUGAACUUUUGGCCCGAAAUGAUCAUUUGUUUUCACUUGCUAUACGUAUUCCUUAGAAAUAGUGCUUCAUUAAAGAAGAAGGUGUGCAUAGACAAAUCAGUGCAAGCGUCGGAAAGGCAUUUCCUCAGAAUCGAAACUGUAUUGAAUGCUGUAAACAAACAUAAAAGAAAAGACAGGCAGCGUGACAGAGGUCAACAUACACGGAGAAUCAUGUACGAGGACCUCUACUCUGAUUCGGACUCCGACACUGAUGGUUUUGUGCUUUCAUCAGCUGUCAAUCCGGGCACGGUAUAUGAUCAUGAAGCAAGCCAGUUUGUUCCAGAACCUGUUGCUGUUCAGAAAACAGAGGCAGACAGAACAACAAGUGCCCAAAAGAAUGCUGUUCCAACCAAUGUGAGACAGGGUUUUGAGAAACAAGCACUGAGUCAUCAUCUUGCAGCACAGGCAACGCAGUACAAACCUGCUGGCCGAGGUUUUGGUAGAGGUCUUGCAUCUGGUAAACUUCAGCAGGAAAUGGGUGCUGGCAAGGUUAAAGCAACAUCAGAAACUCCACAGUCAUUUAGUACUCAUGGUAAUGUAGAUAAAGGACCUGCUUCUUCAUCUUACAAGACUGGCUCAUAUGGUAGAGGCAGGGCUAGAAAAUUUCAGGCACCUAAUACUCAGGGAAAUAAAAGUCCUGGACGAAGUGGUAAUAAACAGUCUGAUAUGAAUAGAUUAAAUGAAAUUGAUGAAGUAUGUAAACAUCCACAAAGUAUUGGAGGCAGCUUUGAUAGAGUAUUACCUGAAUCUAGUGGUGCUCAGACAGAUGAGGGACCAGGUUGGGAAGAAGAAACUGUAUCAAGCACAGAACAGUAUGUUGUCAAGCCAAAAACUUAUGUUCCUAAACAGUUUAAAUCAGAGACUGUAAACUUUCAAGAUGUACGUGCAGCAAAUCCUGAUAUAUCAGCAAAAUGGUUGGCUCAGAAACUGGCUCAAAAGCCAGUACAACAAAGUGAAGCAGAAAUGCAGCAAAUUAUUACACAUUUAGAACAGAUGUGGACAGAUGAUACCAGAAAGGACAAGUCAAAUAGGGAUAUUGCGCAAUACUUGUCUAAUGUGUUCUCCAAGUCAGUUAAUCCAUUUGCUUUAGCGGUGUUUUUAAUAGACAAAGCUAAGGACACCCAUACUGCUAAAACUACAACAUUGUCCUUUCUGAUUAUGAAAGAGUUUGAUAAAUGGUGUAAAAUGAAUAGAAAUAGACUGGAUAUUGAAAAGCUGAUCUCCAAAGACAUUCAGAUGCAAAUUUAUGAUAUUUGUACUAGAAAUCACUUGACAAUGUUUGAUAUGGCAGUAAGAUGUUUUCACCUUUGUUACCAAGAUAACGAUCAUUUUCUUCCAAAGAUUCGUGAUUUCGUAGGUAAUAAGAAAUUCAAGGAGGCAGCACAAUGUACCGGCAAGCUUGGACUUCAGCACCAUUUUGAUAUGAGUGAAAUAGUGCUGCCAUUGAUACUACAGGACAAAAUAAACUUGCUUGAGACUUAUGUCUGCGGGUUUCCUGAGCAUCAAGAGACGCUUGUCCAGUAUCUGGACCAUCUAUGUGAUAAGGAAACAGACUUGGAGCUUGUGCAGAGUUCUAUACCAAAGGUGACUGGCGUGAAAAGAGAAAAGUUUCAGAAGAAACCGCUCAGUAAACUGGCAGUGAGACUGCUGAAGCUAUAUAAAAUACCUCAAG